GGUUGACGAGUCGAGUGUCGCCGGCGUGAGUGAGGGAGUCGCCACAACUCGAGUGAGGAGGGCGCAGCGCCUGUGUGCGAGGGUGUCUGUGCGCUCUUGCGUUGCUUCGCUUUCUCGUAGACUGACAGGCUUUUUUUUGCAAUGGUUCGUGCUAGAGAAACGCCGUGAACGCGCACCAGAGCGGGAGCGCACACCACACCGGCAGGGUGAGCGGGUUUGGCCCCCGGGGUGGUCUUUAUACCAAGUUAUCUUUUGCCACGGACGAAAUCACAGAAAUCACAGGUGUGCUGAUGGAGGCGGUGAUGGAGCGCGAGUGCAGCGCGCUGGGGGGACUUUUCCAGACCGUGAUCACUGAUAUGAAGGGCAGCUACCCAGUGUGGGAGGAUUUCAUCAGUAAAGCUGGGAAACUGCAGGCCCAACUCAGGACCACAGUUGUGGCGCUGGCCGCUUUCCUUGAUGCCUUUCAGAAAGUUGCAGACUUGGCUACAGGCAGCAGAGGUGGUACGCGGGACAUUGGCUCUGCUCUAACCAGGAUGUGUAUGAGACACCGCAGUAUAGAGGCCAAAUUCAGACAGUUCUCAAUGGUUUUUGUGGACUCUCUGAUUAAUCCACUCCAAGAGCAGAUGGAGGAGUGGAAGAGAGUCGCCAACAUGAUGGAUAAAGACCAUGCCAAAGAAUACAAACGAGCACGCCAAGAGAUCAAGAAGAAAUCUUCAGACACUCUCAAACUGCAAAAGAAAGCGAAGAAAGGUCGUGGUGAUCUACAGCCGCAGGUAGACAGCGCUCUGCAGGGAGUGACCGAUAAAUACGCCUCGCUGCAGGAGACGGAGAGGCAGGCGGUCAGGAAGGCCCUGAUAGAGGAGAGAGCGCGAUUCUGCUCUUUCGUCUCCAUGCUCAGACCUGCCAUAGAAGAAGAAGUGUGUAUGUUGGGUGAAAUCACUCACCUGCAGUCAAUCUCUGAUGAUCUGAGGUCGUUGACUAUGGAUCCCCACAAACUGCCUCCUUCAAGCGAGCAGGUACGAGUGUGUCAGACACAGCGUUGUUGCUGGGCACAUACUGUGCAUAACAGAUGGAGCCGCAGUCUCUGUGUACACCAGCAAGGUGGAGCUACGAGGGAGGAGUUUCUAAUAAAGUGGCCAGUGAUUUCUGAUUUGAAGGGGUCAGAGUGCAGCUGGUCAUACCAGACUCCACCUUCUUCUCCCAGCACUACGUCAAGAAAGUCCAGCAUGUGUAGCAGUAGUCUGAACAGCGUGAACAGCAGUGAUUCCCGUUCAAGCAGCAGUCACUCUCACUCUCCCACGUCACACUUCCGUUACCGAGGCUCCGCCCUCCCCCAGCAAGGCUCUGUCCGCCUCCCCAGCGUUUCCUCACAUGAUUCUGGGUUCACCUCUCAGGACACUUGUCAGUCUAAGAGCCCAUCCCCCAUGCCUCCAGACACCAACACACAGUGCUCUGCAUCCUCCUGCCCUGAUGAGUCCACUCCCACAUUACCUGACUGCAACACCAACACUGAAGACAAGGACUGGGCCAGGCCGGGCCCAUACGACCAGCCGAUGGUGAACACUCUGCGCAGGAUAAAGGAGAGAGAGAGGGUGAGAGAGAGCUGUGAGUCCAGCAGCUCCAGAGAUGAAGUGCACAAAACCAGCCCCAACUCAGAGCACAGCAAAUCCAGGGAUGAAGCUCAUGAGGAGCUGGCCGUGUGUCUGUCUCGUGGUCUGUCGUUGGAGAUCCCACGCAGCAGAGACUCUGUUCAAGGUUCCAGCGGCUACAGUACUCAGACCAACACACCGUGCUGCAGCGAGGACGCUCACGUAUUUGAUUAUGACUAUUUGCCAGUGAGUGGAGACCACGAUGUGGAGCAUCCCGACUGCGAUGGGACCACUUCUGUUCCGCGGAACACAGAAAUCAGCCAAUCGUAUCGCCGCAUGUUACCAGCCAAGCGCCCCACCUCCACCCCUGGACUGCCCUGCAGCUCCGUUAUCCCCACACCUGGCAUAGCCACCAUCCGCCGUGCUCCCUCAUCAAAGCCCAGUCUGUGGCGCGGUUCCAGUGGUCAGGGCCCGAUCCCGAUCAGAACCCCCGUAAUCCCUGUUAAGACCCCCACCGUCCCGGAGCCGCCGGCUACCACAGACAGCGAAACUCCACAGAGUCCUACAUCUUCCAGCACAGGAAACAGCAGCAAUGCUUCACCUUCAGCCUCCCAAGAGACGCCCACCUCCAUCGGGCAAUCAGAUGCUCUGCAGGAGGAGGAUGAAGAAGAGCUGGACGUGCAGGAAGAUGAUGUGCUGCUGGCCAUUCGGCGUGGCGUGAGGCUCAAAAAGACGAUGACCAAUGACCGGUCCGCCCCACUCUUCGAAUAAGAGGGCAUUCCUGAGCUCAAGUGUAGCAGGAAUGCUUCAGUUAGCGACACUGCUAACAUGCUGUCAGGUGUAGGAUGGGUGAAGGAGUGUGGUGUCAUGGUGUGUUCAGAUGGUCCUCAUGAACUCGGAACAUUGUCAUGUGACCAAAUUACAUUGUUAUGUGACCACUUGUUUUUCGUUGGGGUGAUCAUGGGCAUCUAGAAAAUGCAUCACAUGAUCAAUAUGGAAACCUGCUCAGACGGACCAAUAAUAAACGUGAAGUUAUAUCGAUUUUUAAAAAUAAUCUCAAAGGGCUUAACAAUAGUGUUGUAGUCAAGACCAAGGCCCAAUCCCAUUUCACCCCUACCACCUAGCCCUUAGCACGUUCACGCCUAGGGGGUAGGGUGUCCCGAUUUUUUUAGUUGAGAUAGGGCGAAGUGGAUAGGGCGAGGUAUUAGGGCUACAUGGCCCUCCAUAUGGAGGUUUUUCAGACUCCAAACAGAGUUUUAUGUGAAAAGAAGAAAAAUCGGCAAGAUGGCUAUACAAACGACCAAAGAACCCCAAAAAUGUGAGAAUUUUCUCAAUUAAAAAAUUACGAUAAAUAUUGUAUUACCUACGUUUAAUGUCAUUUCAAUGUAUUAUGCUCCUUUGCUUCAUAACAAGCACAAAAAUGCUGAUGUUUCAGAAGCUAGCCAGCAAAAUUUAAUUUCACCUUAAAUAGUCCAGCAGUUCUGGUGCCUGAAGUGCCAGAAUGUAACUGCUGCUCAGUUUAAGGUGGAAUGGGAGAAUUUGAACAAGAAUUCAGCUUCAUAUCACUGAAGAAUUAGGG